AUGAAAGGUUCCCGGCGCCCAAGAAGCCCCAGUGAUUCCUGCACCGAAUCCAAGAGCGACCACGCAGGAGAGAGCGGCUCCAGCGGCACGCCAUCAAAUGCCCCAAAACGCCAGAAAGUGGAGGAGCUGGGUCCUCAUCCAGGUGCAGAACCAGCUCCGGUACAGCCAGCUCCCCACCACCCUGCACAGCUGCCCCUGGAGCUGCCCCAGGGCCCACGGCUUCCCCAGAGGAAGGUGAUCAUCGCGGUCUUGGAACCAGGAAUGGUCCUGCACCUGCGCCUGGGGAACAGCCAAUCACAUCAGUUCCUGCUGACAAAUCCCCUGGCUCCACCCCCUGCUGACAGUGUACAAGAUUCCCCCAAGAGCUCAGUUGUCAGAGCCUCAUCCACCUGCCGCUGGCCACAGCCCCGUCGCUACACAACCCAAGCCUUGGGGAGCAGCUUUGGGGCUGACACCACUCUCUCCAAGGAACUAAAGGAUUCGGGAGCCAAGAAGAAAUCUUUGCAGGAGACAGACAAACACUGGCAGUGGCUGACUUGGAGAACCCUGGAAAUUUUCACCAUGAAAGGUUCCCGGCGCCCAAGAAGCCCCAGUGAUUCCUGCACCGAAUCCAAGAGCGACCACGCAGGAGAGAGCGGCUCCAGCGGCACGCCAUCAAAUGCCCCAAAACGCCAGAAAGUGGAGGAGCUGGGUCCUCAUCCAGGUGCAGAACCAGCUCCGGUACAGCCAGCUCCCCACCACCCUGCACAGCUGCCCCUGGAGCUGCCCCAGGGCCCACGGCUUCCCCAGAGGAAGGUGAUCAUCGCGGUCUUGGAACCAGGAAUGGUCCUGCACCUGCGCCUGGGGCAGGAGUUCCUGGGGCUGGACCCACAGGGAGCCCUGCGACUCAGCCUCCUCAAUGUGCAGCUCCUGGUGGUCCCUGAGCAAGUCUUGAUGUCCUUGAAGGAUCUCUUGUACCCUGCCCAUGCCCGCUGGCUCCUGCUCACUAGUACAGAGACUGUCUGGGAGAUUGACAUUGAAAAUGGAUCUGUGAGAGCCCAGAGAGCAGAGAAUGUGUGUGUGGCGCCUUCAGUAAAAGAGGGUGAGGCUCCCCAAGGCUUCCUGCCCCUGAUGGGACCCCCAGCAAACCUUGUGCAUGGAGUCAGCCCUUCUUCCUGGCGUGUCCUCUACCUCAAACCUGACUACAGAGCGGCCGUCCACCAGGGCUCAUCCCAAAUGCCCAAGCCUAGUCCCUGGAGACAGGCUCUGCCUGAAGAAUUCCACUUGGAUCUCCAUGGCCUGGAGCCCCUGCCCACCUCUGCCCUCAGACCUCUACCUCCCUCACCCGGUCCGGAGCCCAGAAUUUGCCACAACUUUCUAUGGAGGCCAACGUGCAAGGCCCGAAGACGUCUCUUCUAAGGCUCAUGGGCCAUGAACCCUCAGGCACCAGACGGGAAUCAGAGACGCUCUAUUCAGAAUGAAGCACACCUGCUUUUUCAUGCUGUCUCCCCGCACAGAUGUCUCGGCAUCUCGGAGGAGAGAGAUGCUGCGCAAGCUGGAGGGGUGGAGAAAUGCUCCGUCCUCUCACCUGAACCUUUGCUCUGCCUCAGAUGCUCUUGAUUUGUAUCAAAGAGCAACCUUGAGAUUGGGGCACAAAAUAUUUGCAAAUCUCAUAUACGUGCAAGGGCUGCUCAUACUCAGAAUACACAGAGUUGUCAAAACUCCAAUGGAACAAACCAAUGAUUCUGUUCCAAACGCAGCAAGAGACUUGAGCAGACAUUUCCUCAGAGGGGAUGUAAAGAACCACUUCCAAAAGCGUUCACUGUCCCUCCCCUGGGGAAAUGCACGUCAAAUACACCUUCAACAACAACCAAGAAGCUCUCCCAGAAGCCACCGUGACAAUCACUCACCAUCCCAAGGGCUGCGGAGCAUGUGGAGAAGCUGGAACGCUCUGACAGUGCUGCUUGGAAUCCAACUGGGACAACCCCCAGGGAGAAAGAGUUUCAUUGAUUCAUAAUCAAUGCAAUAGGCACUUAGCAUUGGAACCAUCUUUCCCACCCUGAGAUAGUUGUUCUAAAGGAAUUAGAACUCACGUGGACAAGGCUGAGGGCAGAGGCUUCUAGCACCUGUCCUCACAAUCGCCAAAAGAUGGAAGGGACUUCAAUGUCGUUCCACAGUGUCUAGAAAGAGGAACUGUGACCCAUUCUUUCAAUGGGAUGCAGUUCAGCAAUGACUAGGCUGGGAUUGUUGUUGGUAAAUUCAGUUCUAAGAAUGAGUAGUGAAGAACUUGUCGGAACACUUGAAGGUAUGUUUGGACUCUUACGCUAUGUGAGACUUCUCCUGAGAUUGUAACUCUCAUGAAAUUGACAUGCACAUCAAGCAUGUGUGAUCGACGUUCAGUUUCCAACUGAGGUUUGCUGUAAAACACAUACUAGAUUUUGCAUCUGAGAAUGAAGGAUUGUAGCAUGUAUCUUAUUCAUCAUUGUGACAUCAAUUGUAUUGGUGUUGAUUAUAUCUGUAUUCCUUGGGUUAAAUAAAAAUGUUAAAA